AUGGGUUCAAAAAUCGAGUACGUGGAUUCAUCACAUUUAUACGCGACCAACUAUGUCCGCAAUUCGAAAGCUAUCGGUGUGCUUUGGGCGAUAUUCACGAUUUGCUAUGCGAUUAUAAGCGUUGUGGCUUUUGUGACCCCCGAGUGGAUUGGUGAUUUAGAGACUGAAUAUCCGAGAAAGUUUGGAUUGUGGCAGAUAUGCAGGGCUGACGAGGCUCUGGAGGACUGUAAAGGAAGGCUCGAUGAUUUCCUAUCAAUAAAUGGCUUGGUGUUUAAGAUUGCGACUGUGUUAGUAGGCAUAGCGGUCGCCCUGGCCCUGUUUACGAUCUGUGCAAUGUUGUUAUUCUUCUUUUGUCAAUCGACGACGGUGUUUCACAUCUGUGGUUGGCUGCAGCUGUUGUCUGUUAUUUACUUGAAACCAGCUUUUUUAGAGUAUUAUUUGAACAUGGAUGUACUUACAACAUUGCCUGACGAUGAUAUGUGUCCUAAGGUUACUGAUAAAAUGAUUGGUGCUUUUGUUAAGGCGUCACUGGAUAAGCCAGAAGUGAGUAAAGAACCAUUAGCAGAAGACGAUAAAAAAACAAAGGGCGAGAACAAACAUGAAAUUAAAACGAGUGACAAACCAGAACCACGGUCACCACAACCUAGACCGAUAGAUGAAGAUAACUCUAGAACUUCUCAAGUUGACCAUGAGCUUCCUGCAUUGAGACCAGGGCCUGAUGGGAAAGUAGACUGGACACCGCUUGCUGAACUUUCCGGAACCAGGCCACCGGUCAAUCAGUAUUCGUUAAGUAGGUAUUCACUAGGAGAAUGGAGAAAACACAGUGAAAAUGUAUUAAACUCUGAUGUAAUUAUUAAGUCCAACAUCGUAGACUACAACGCCAAGACCUCUAUGAUGCAAGCAUUCGGCACAAUCGAUAAGCAGCAGAUGGAAAACAACAAGCGACUCAAACAAAAAGCUAAAGAUAUUUUCCGAUGGAAGGUGGAAGUAGAGCGCGCUUCUAAAAUGAUAUCAGAGGAAGUUGAAUUAUUAGAAAUAGAAAGGCAGCGACUGAAAGGCGCCUCAAAAGUUUUAAUGUUGCCUGAAUCGAUCUCUAGACAGUGUAUCGAAAUGCGAUCAUACAGAGCAGAGCCGGACCUAGUAGCGGACCUAGCCGAGGUGGAGCUCGUGAAAGAAAUGAAUCUAGUAAAUGAAGUGAGAGAAACCUUAAAGACAACUUUGAAUCAAAUAGAAGAACAACUAAAGAUCAAUAAAGCAGCUAAGCACAGGAUUGAAUACGACUGGUGUGAUAAAUCUAUGGCGUACAACGCAGAUACUAUCAAUUUGAGUCUCAGCACCAAAUCUAAUACUAUAUUGUUUCGACCUGGAUCUACGAGAUAUGGUGAAAUGUCAGCGUCCCUGGAAUACUGGGAGUACUUCUGCAGGGAAAACAUCCAGAUUACUGAAGCAGUGCGACAGAAGUCUGCUGACCUUAGGGGUAGUUUGAACUCCAUUUUAAUAAGUAAUGGUCGAAAAUUACGUAACCAAGCUGAUAAAACCGAUAUGGCUUUAGCCGAAACUGUCGCUCUCACAACUGAAUUGUAUACAAAAUUAAAGGAAAACUUAAUAGCAACUUUGCAAAAAAUUGCUGAUAUCGAAACUUUGAUUCAAAACUUACAAGAUGCAGUAAGGAAAACCGAUGCAGCUAUUAAACUUGCCCAAACUAGGCUGGAUAAUAGAAAUAAUUGGAGGCCUCAUGGCGAAAGCGUGAGGGACCAACCGCACACAGGCCUGAUCGAGGAGGUUAAGAAAAUACAUGAAACAGUCACAUCCCUUCUUGGGCAGAUAAAAAAUGCGGAGAAAAAAUUGUUACUGACCAUGCCUCAACUAACAUCGUUUCCUGACAAAGAAGAAUGCCCGACGAAGAAGGAGAUGGCAGCUUACAAGCUGUCUCAAAAGUCUCCUGUUCAGGCUUUGCAAGAAAUAGAAGAGGCCAAGGAGCAACAGCGGGAAUUAAUGGUCACAGUGGAUGCUCCCAAACCAGCUGAAGCCGCAGCAGCCCUUGAGAAGAAACAAGAAGAAAUUAGACGAAAGACUCCAGAACUUGCGGGACAAGAUGAUUUUCAAUAUUUACCUAACUUAAGGCCUGGCCCAGACGGCAAGAUGUCAAAUCCAACGGCUAGGAAUAUGAAUAAAUUAAAUUGCCCCUAUAUCUGUCCGAACGCACCGCCAAUUUUAGAAAAGUCAAGCUACUUGCAAGCUGGCCAGAAAAAGUCGCAUGAAAAUCCUUUCGCUUCUCCAUAUGUCCCAGGUUUAAUCCAACCACCAGAGAAGAAAUAUUAUCCUGCUGAUGCACCACCGCACUACCUCCCUCAGCAGAUGGAUAGCACAAGUGGUGAUAUCCUCGGCAUGGGACCCAUCGGACCUUGGGCAGCUGGUCACGUAGACUGGACUCCUCAAGCUGGGAUGACAGGUGUCCGACCUGUAGUGGACAAGUAUUCCAUCACACGAUACUCUACUGGAGAAUGGAGACGUAAUAACUUGCACACUUUAACUCCGAGGGCGACCGACAAGGCUAAAGCUUUAGACGCCUCUAUUAAAGGUGACAUAGCAAAAGCUUUAAAAGACAUGGAUGACAUGCAAAAUGAUAGUAAUAAAAAAUUAAAAGAAAGAGUCAAGAAUUUGGCUCAUUGGAAGAAACAGGUGCAGAAUACACUUAAGGCUAUAAGUCAAGAGAUUCAAACCUUAGACGCUGAUAGAGACAAGCUGAAAAGUGCUUGUAGAAUCUUGAUGUUGCCUGAAGCAAUUUCUAGAGAGUGCUUGGAGCUCCGGACGUUCCGAUAUGAACCAGAUUUGGUAAGAGACGAUGCAGAACAAGAAUUAAUUAAAGAAGUGUCCAUUGUUGGAGAAAUAAGGAGAGUCUUCCAAGAUACUCUAGCCAAGGUUGAAGUACAAAUGGCGCAUAACAAAGCGGCCAAGGCAGCUAUUGAGUUUGACUGGAGCGAUAAGAUAUCCACUUUGAAAAUAGAUAACCGAAAUUUAAACUUGACAUCUGAAUCUAAUCUAAUACUCCAUCAUCCAGGGGUAGCCCGAUGGCCGGAGAAUGCAACAUCUUUAGAGUAUUGGGAACAUUUUUGUAAAGAGAGUAUCAGGAAUUGCGAGGAAGUGAGAAAGAAGUCGGAGAACUUGCGAGGAGACUUAAUGACCAUUAUACUAAAAGGAUCCCAAGACAUGAAAACCCAAGCUGAUAGAACUAAUCUUGCGUUAGCAGAAACAGUGUCUGCUACAGAGCAGCUUUGCGUUAAACUAGAGGAAACCUUAAAGAGCAAUUUGCAAACAAUAGCAGAUGUGGAAAAACUCAUUGAUUACUUGAAGGAGUCUUUAAGGAAGGUAGACGAGCGCGACAAACUGUCUAACACUAGGUUACGCAAUAGAAAUUAUGGGCGACCCCACGUAGAGAACUGCAGGGAUGAAGCUCAGUAUGGUUUGAUGGCAGAAGCCAAGUUUAUCAAAGAGACAUCCGAGUCUUUGAAGGCGGUGAGCAUGGUGGCUGGCGUUGCUGUGUACCCGGCCGGUUGGGGGGAGACUGCCGUGCAGGAGACCUGCGGACCUACCGCAGACCAGUAUAAUAUAGGUCGAUGUCACAUUCGCUGGGCGUACCUGCUAGCUGUGAUAGGGUGUCUGGACGGCAUCGUGCUGUCUGCCCUGGCCUUUAUCCUGGCGACCAGACACGUGCGGCUGCAGCCAGACAGCGGGUACCCUCCACCUUCGUUAUAUAAAGCUGACGGGGAGGAAGAGUACAAGAUCGCCAAUAUUUUACCACCCUGA